CAAACAAACUAAGCUGUAUUAUUUGCCUGGCUAUCUCUUGGUCCUGUCCUGAGAAUCAGAUGUAUAAAAUACAGACUUCUUUUCUUUUCCACUGUCAUUAUCCAUACCUCAAGAUCUGUCUCUUGUGAGACUAGAUGAUGUCUCUUCACCGAUCUCUUGUGCUCUUCUUCUUGUUCAUCUCAUGCUUAACUCUUUCUUCAUUGGCUCUUCCUCUUUGUUCUGAUUCAAGAGCUCCUUUAGAGGGGAAUUCAACAUUGAGCUUUUGUCCUUACAAAGGCAAAACAUGCUGCGAUACAAAGGAAGAUUCAAAUCUGAACAAGCAGUUUCAGUAUAUGAACAUUUCAGACAUGGGCUGUGCUUCUGUUGUAAAGUCUAUUCUUUGUUCUAGAUGUGAUAUUUUUUCAUCAGAGUUAUUCAGAGACCAUUCAGAUCAGCUAUCUGUUCCACUAAGGACUUCUGCUCUGAAACAUGGGAGACAUGUCAGAACAUCUCCAUAACAAGCUCUCUUUUCGCUCCCUCGUUACAAGGCCAAGCUGGAGCGCCAAUGAACACCAACGCCUCCAAGCUUUCUGAUCUAUGGCAGUCCAAAACCGAUUUCUGCAGCGCCUUUGCUAGCUCCAAUGAAACCAUUUGCUUCAGCGGAGAGCCAGUUACUCUUAAUGACACUACUCCAGAAAAGCCUCCUCCUGGUCUAUGCCUACAGAAAAUCGGAAACGGAUCUUACCUAAACAUGGUUCCUCACCCUGAUGGCUCAACCCGCGCCUUCUUCUCUACACAACCUGGAGUAGUGUUCUUGGCUGGUUUACCAGAUCAUGACUCGGGUGGGGUGUUGGAUGUGGAUCCAUCUAGCCCCUUUGUUAAUUUGACUGAUGAAGUUCAUUUUGAUAUUUCCUUUGGAGUGAUGGGUAUGGCUUUUCAUCCCAAGUUUGCUCAGAACGGGCGGUUCUUCGCUUCUUUCAACUGUGACAAGUCCAAGUGGCCUGGCUGUACUGGAAGAUGCUCUUGUAACUCUGAUGUGUGAUAAUUUGUGGGAUUAUGAGAGCUUCUAAGUGUUUUAACCGUGAUGAAGCACACGAACAAAGUAAAAAAGGAGUGAAGUAACCGUAAGUAUUUGAGAGAGAAGAGAAAUUUGAGAAUUUAAGAGAAUGAGAGGAUUUGUGAGAUUGAGAAAAUGAAAGAAAUGUUUGUAUUGAAUUGUAUGUUUAAUUGUGUAA